AUCAUCUUCCUAGAAUACUUUGAAAGUAGCUUCGCAUCACUUUCCGUUGCAUUCGAGUAACCUUCCGUUAAGUCGACCGUUGACCGCAGUUCCAGUGGUUUCCUCAUUCGUUGUUGCCACGUGCACGGGUUAUUCUUGCCUUAUGACUACGUGUGUAAACGCUCUCAGGCUCCUAGUCGAUUGAUUGUUGUGUCAGUGUUGUCUGGGGCCCGCGGUUUGCUGCCUUCUCGAGCACUGGUUGCAGGUGGAGCUCAAUCGAUUUACAUUCCUACCGUGGGUGUUUGGGCGUGGACUCCGAGUUCAUUCUGCACUAUAUUCACGUAGCAAGUCCCUCUACACCACUCAUUCCCACUGCAUAGGUUUCCCCAUAUCUUACUCCUCAAUCAUGAAUUUCCCUGCCGGCCUCCUAGGAAACAAUGUAGCUGCCAAAGCCUCCUCAUCGCUGCGUCGCAGAGGCGUCUCCAUUCGUCAUAUUGCAUUUGCAUUCGCCUUGUCCAUAGCACUGCUCACGCUUUAUUUCAACUAUCUCCGCUACUCGUUUCCUGCCGAUGCCAUGCACUACGCCCCCGUGACACCAGAGGUAUGGACAGAAAGAUCCUUUCAAGUUAGGGACGCCUUCUUGCAUGCCUACCAUGGUUAUGAGCGCUUUGCUUUCCCAAAUGAUGAACUCCGCCCUUUAUCGAAUACCAGCAUUAAUAACUUCAAUGGAUGGGCCGUCACUGCAGUUGACUCCCUUGACACGAUGCAUAUGAUGGGCUUAGAACAAGAAUAUAAGCGCGCAAUGACAGCUGUGCAUAAUACAAACUUCUCCCUACCUACGAAUACCCGCGUGCCAUUCUUUGAGACUGUCAUACGUCAACUUGGCGGCCUUCUCUCCGCUUAUGCACUGACGAACGACGAUAUAUUGCGCACUCGCGCUGAUGAACUUGGCACAAUAUUGGCUCCUGCAUUCAGGACCGCCAGUGGUUUUCCUAAGUACGGCGUAAACACCGUCAGAGGCACAAGCGACGGGCCAUUGCUUGGAAGCUUGGCAGAGAUUGCAAGCUAUCAAAUGGAAUACGCCUAUCUCGGUAAGAUUACUGGUAAGAAGGAACAUGUCGACCGAGCUACAACCGCCACACGUAACUUUGUCAAUGCCGAUUUGCGCGAACAUGGCGGCAUGUAUCCGAUGUUUUGGAAUAUAUCGUCGGGACAGGCAAAAGAUUCACACCUUUCCGUUGGUGCAGCGUCCGACAGCGCCCACGAGUACACCCUCAAGCAGUACCUAAUGACUGCUCGCACGGAUAAGGCAAAUCUCGAGAUGUACCUCCGCUUCACCACCCACGUUCUCAAUAACUUGAUGUACAUCUCGCCGAACCGCCAUCUCUUGUACGUCACGGAUUCGAAAUUAUAUAGGACCGGUAAUCGCCCUACACACAACUUAGAGCAUCUGUCUUGUUUUUUCCCUGGCCUGCUCGCCCUUGGAGCUCACACUCUUCCCCUAAAUAAUCUAGAAGAGGUUGGACUGAACUUUACUGCGCUUGCAGACGAUCUGCUCCCUCAGCAGCAAUUGGGCUAUGAGGAGCUUGCCUCAUUCGAUCUAAAGGAUUUACACCUAUGGGCCGCCGAAGGGCUUGCACAGACCUGUUACCUGACUUACGCAGACCAGCCGACAGGGUUAGGACCCGAUGUUAUUACUAUGAUAUCUGGCAGCGCGCGUUCUGAAAUACUGUGGAUGGAUGCCAUGCAAGAGUGGAGAACAUCUGGUAGAAGAGGUCCCCCACCUGGAGUGGGAGAUAAGCGCCCUUGGGUAGGAGAUGGAACCCCUAGGAAUGCGCGAGAGCGUGAGAUGGCAUACGCUAUGAGAGACUACUACGUUAAGAACGCUGACUACCAACUGAGACCCGAGACCAUAGAGUCGCUUUACAUCCUUUAUCGUGUCACUGGCGAUGUGAAAUGGCGGCAUCGUGGAUGGGACAUCUUUCAGGCGAUCGAAAGGGAAGCGAAGACUCCAUCGGGGUACGCCAACGUUAACAAAGUGGACACAUACGACCCACAACAGCUUGAUGUAAUGCCUAGCUUUUUCUUGGCCGAAACGUUGAAGUAUCUUUACCUUCUCUUUCGAGAAGACGACCUCGUCCCCUUGGAUAAGUGGGUGUUCAAUACAGAAGCACAUCCAUUUCCUGUCUUUGAGUGGACAGAAAAAGAGAAGGAAGCAUAUGGUGUUUCGUGAUAUGUACUCUACACACUCCCACUAGAUUCAGCGGUUAUCAUUGCACGAACUUGUCAGCGUACGAUCCUCGUUACCUAAUUAUUGUAUCAUGCCGUUCAUAGUGUCUCUCGUAGCUUAUUUGAAGCUAGUCGACGCUACUUUGAGCGAGCUCGUAAACCCUCAGUCGAGGAUCGGUGCUGGUCGGCGGGCCGGCCGGUCGGAACAGUUACUCAGAUG